AUGGGAUCGGACGAUCCCACCCCACACUCCUCCCCACAGCAGCAGCUCAAGGCUCUUCUCAGAGAGAACAGCAGCAGAAGCAGCAGCAGGAGCAGCAGCACCAAUUGCGGCAACAACACUCGAAGCAUAGAGAGUAGCAGCAGCCAAAGCAAUAGCAGCAGAAGCAGCAAUAGCAGCUACAGCAGCAACAGACAAAACGGCAAUAGCAGGACAAGCAGCAUCCGCAUCAUCAGGAGCAGCAGCAGCAGCAGCAGCAGCAGCCUCAGCAUCACUAUUAGCAGCAACAACUGCAUCACUAUUAGCAGCAACAACUGA